GAGGGCGGCCCGAGGACACGCACGAGUGUUCGAUCGUAUCGUUUUCCCUCUCUCGCCCUCAGGACUCGGGAAAUACAGAGAGAGAGAGAGAGUGAGGGUGCUGUGCUCGUCGAAGUGAGACGAUGGUGCGAUGAGAAACUCGAAUAGAAUUCCUCGAAUUGAGUUACUCGCGCAGAGAGUGUCGGCUUUCGUCCCGACUCCGCGAUGCAGGGGAUUGAGAAGACGCGAACGACCGUUUUCCUUCAUGCAAGUCGAAGAGGAGAUCCCGGGAGGAUCCGAAAAGUCAGAUGAAUUCAGCAACUUUUGCACGUCGCGCGCCUUCCUCUUUUAACUGUGACGGACGUCUCGAUUUCAGCUGUCUACAUUCGCACCGGCACCUGUUACGGCAUGCUGCCCGUCGGCGGUCACCGGCGUCGUUGCUACACCGACUCGGGCAUGACGAUGAACACCACGACGCGUGGCACCUUCGAGUGCCCCACGUGUGGCAAGAGCUACAAGUGGUACCGCGGACUGCACAGGCAUCUCAAGUACGAGUGCGGCAAGGCGCCGCGCUUCAGGUGCCCGCACUGCGUCUACACCGGCAAGCAUCGCUCGCACGUCUACUCGCACAUCAAGAGCAAUCAUCAGGAUCGGCCGGUCUACGCCAUCGAUAUUCAGCAAGAUUGAACUCGCGAGGUAGCGGUGGACUCGCGAGGCCUGGUUGCUCGCGCGACACCAGACGAGAUUGACGAAUAAACGCGUCGCGCGAGUUCCAUGUAGCCAUGUUGACGUUCCUUCGAGACUGUUAGAUCUGCGUGAACGAGGAUUUCUAUUGUCUAGUACGAUACGCGAGCUACGACUACGUACUUCGAACGUUGAAGGUGUCUCGUUGAGAUUUUAAGCUCUUUCGCUCAGUUAACUGAUGUCUGUGAUCUCUCUGUCCACUGGCGAGCGAAUUGCUGUUAUUUUCUUUUCUCAUACACGAUCAACGUGUUCCUUGCAAUAUUUUGUUUUCGUUAAUAAUCUCUCUGUAUACUGUAUGUUCGUUUCCCGCAGUCAAGUUUUUCAUAUUAAUGUUAGAUUCAGCGGGUUGAUUGUUUUCAGUGAUAAUACGAGCCACACACGCAGAUUUCUGUAUACUACAGCUGCAUUUCGAAAUGUACCAACAGGUUUCUGGAAAUCCAUAGUAUAUGCAACGUCAACUAUAGAUUCUCAGUAUUAUCAGUACGUUUCGGAAUGCAGUCUACAUUAAAUUGCCAACAAUGACUCGAAACAUAAAGUUAUCAUUUGUCAAGUAGUCAAGCAGAUCAUACAUAGGAUACCACAUGCGGAAAUGUUAUAUAUUUUAAACCCGUAUUAAUACUCGUUAUUUGAAACCCCGUAUUAUUACUCGUUAUUUGAAAUUUUUCACACUCAGAGACACUCAAGCUUGAAUUUAGAGCUGGAGAUCUGAAUUUUUCAAUUAAAUUAUGUAAUGUAUACUUAUGACAUUAUAUAUUCAACUGAAAAACUCACAUUUAACCUUAAAUUCAAGUCUGAGUAUAUCAUUUGAGAUAAAUUCCAAAUAAUGACUAUUAAUAGGAGCAUUGAAACGCCCGUUUCUACAAUCAGUUACACAGCAAUUGGUAAGCAUAUCUUUUGUAUCUCUCAUCAACGUUACGUCAGUCUUUUACGUUGAGUACAGCCACAUGUAGCAACGUUCCACAUGGCAAAAUUCCACAACACUAAUACUUUUGUCCACCCGACAUAUCUCUCAUCGUCAUAUCUUCCAUUGCACAUCAUAUUUUACCUCAUCUUGUUGGCAUAGUACAAUAUGUUAUGUAGAAGUCUGCGAUCACAUUUGACUCUACGUUAUGUACAACGUUGUUUUGUUCGUCCCUUAUUGGAUCACCAUUUUUCGUCUUAUUUAUUAUUGUAUAUAAAUAAAUACUACACAUAUUUAUUGUUUUUGGUCGAUCUAAUAAGCAAAUUGUUUAUUAAACUGUUUAUUAAACUUUCUACUCGCUACGAA